AUGGCCGAAAUCACUCCAAUCAUGUCUGACUCAGGCAGUCCCUCGGCCUCUCUACCUUCAAAUACUUUUGAUGUUCAUACAAACCAACGAUUAUGUUCGGUUUUGUUGAAUGAGUUCAAUUAUCUUCCUUGGUCAAGAUCUGUGCAGUUAGCUCUUGGUGGAAGAUCAAAGCUUGAGUUUAUUGACAAAAGUACUGUUGUCCUGAUGUCAAUUCUUCUCAAUUUAUGGGAUGCUGUUAAAGAGAUGUAUGGAAAUCAAAAUAACGCGGCACGAGUUUUUCAACUCAAAAGAGACAUUGCGUGUCUUCAACAGGAAGGGAGUGUUUGUGCUACUAUUCAACGGGAAGAAGUCCGAAGAAAGGUCAUGAAUUGUAACCUCAAAACUGAGGUAUCUGAAGCCCGAGCAUAUAUGUUCAAUCAUAAACGAUCUGAAGAAAGAAGUUACAAGGGAAAGAGACCUGAGUUGAAGUGCAAUCAUUGUCAUAAUCUUGGUCAUACAGUGGACCGAUGUUGGGUACUUCAUCCUGAAUUGAAGCCUAAGUUUCCGAGAGAGAAUAUGCCUCAGAAACGGACUCAACCUUCGGGAUAUAAGGCUAAUCAUGUUACAACCAUGGCUGGAGAUGAAUUGUCAAGCAAGGUGAAUCUGAUAACAAUGGGAAGUCAGCUGUCUUACUUGGUCAAUUUGCUGGAUUUCUAUCUGAAGAUAAAAAUGGUGCAACUGAUGACACAUCAGGAUUUGGUCACCAAGAAGACGAUUGGUGAGGGAUUUUUCUUUCAAGGCUUAUAUUAUCUUCUCAAAGAUUUUCACAAGGGAUUUCAUGUAAAUGCCUGUUUAGCUUCCAAGCACAAAUUAUGGCAUCAACGUCUAGCACAUCCCUCUGAGUCAAUUUUGGCAAAGAUUUUUCCAAAUAUUAAUAAAAAUUCAGUUGAUUGUGACAUUUGUCACUUGUCAAAAUCUACACGAUUAUCAUUUCCUUCUUCUAAUUCUCGUUCAAAUAAAUUAUUUGAAUUGGUACAUUCGGAUGUCUGGGGUCCUGUUCUUGAGUCCUUUGAUGGUUACAAAUAUUUUGUCACCUUUGUUGAUGACUUUUCUAGAUUCACCUGGUUGUAUCUCUUGAGAUCAAAAAGUGAGGUUGCUAGUGUUUUUCAAGAUUUUCAUAGUCUGAUCAACACUCAAUUCUCUUCUAAAAUUAAGAUUCUUUGA